AUGCCUGUCGCCCAAGAAGCCACUGUGACACCUCAGGGCGCCAUGCCCCGCCUGGGGGCCAUCAAGGAGAAGCAGGGGAUGUCAGACCUUCACACGGCUGUCCACCCCAAGCUUGACAUCAUUGACAUCCGCCGCGCCGCGGUCGAGAUCAACCUCAAGACCGAGGUGCUCUCCUCGUUCCACAAAGAGGAUGGCCCCAGGAAGCUACCCACGCUCCUACUUUACGAUGAGAGGGGCUUGCAGUUGUUUGAGAAAAUCACAUACCUGGACGAGUACUACCUGACCAAUGACGAGAUCGAAGUUCUCAAGUCGGAUGCCGCCGACAUUGCCAAGCACAUCCCGUCAGGGGCCAUGAUCAUUGAGCUCGGAAGCGGCAACCUCCGCAAGGUGAACCUGCUUCUGCAGGCCCUCGAAGGCGCAGCAAAGAACAUCGACUACUACGCAUUGGACCUCUCCCAGCAGGAGCUGGAACGCACGCUUGCGCAGCUCCCCCCCUACAAGCACGUCCGCGCCCAUGGCCUGCUCGGCACCUACGACGACGGCCAGGUCUGGCUCAAGGACCCAGUCAUUGCCUCGCGCCAGAAGUGCAUCAUGAGCCUCGGCUCGAGCGUUGGAAACUUUGACCGAGCCGAUGCCGCCGUCUUUCUCAAGGGCUUCUCUGAUGUCCUGGGCCCCGGCGACACCAUGCUGAUCGGCAUGGAUGCUUGUGAUGACCCGGCUAGGGUUUACCACGCGUACAAUGACAAGGAGGGCGUCACCCACGACUUCGUUCUGAAUGGUCUCCGUCAUGCCAACAGGGUCCUCGGGGAGACCGCCUUCGUCGAGAAAGACUGGCGUGUCAUUGGCGAGUAUGUGUACGACGCUGAUGGCGGUCGGCACCAAGCCUUCUAUGCCCCGGUGCGUGACAUCACCGUCCUGGGCGAGCGGGUUCAACCCCACGAGCGGAUCCAGGUCGAACAGAGCCUCAAGUACUCGGCUGCAGACUCGGAAGAGCUCUGGAAGCUUUCCGGCAUGACCGAGAUUGCCCAAUGGCGGCACCGCAAGGAAUACGGCCUUCACAUGCUGGCCAAACCGAAAAUGGCAUUCAGUCUGAUUCCAUCCGUUUACGCCCGCACGGCACUCCCGUCCCUCGAGGACUGGGAAGGCCUGUGGGCCGCCUGGGACGUCGUCACCUGCGAUAUGCUCCCGCCCGAGGAGUUCCACGGGAAGCCCAUCAAGCUCCGCAACGCCUGCGUCUUCUACCUCGGCCACAUCCCCACCUUCCUCGACAUCCAGCUCACCAAGACCACCGGCACCCCGCCCACCGACCCGGCCCACUACUACGCCAUCUUCGAGCGCGGCAUCGACCCGGACGUCGACAACCCGGAGCUGUGCCACGCCCAUUCGGAGAUCCCCGAGGAGUGGCCGCCCGUCGACGAGAUCCGCGCCUACCAGGCGCGUGUGCGCGCCCGCCUCCAGCGCCUCUACGCCGACGGCAUCGCCGCCAUCCCCCGCCAUGUGGGACGCGCCAUCUGGGUCGGCUUCGAGCAUGAGGCCAUGCACCUCGAGACGCUCCUGUAUAUGAUGCUCCAGAGCGACAGGACCCGCCCGCCUCCCAGCGUGCCCGUGCCGGACUUUGAGAAGCUCGCUGCUGCGGCUCGCGCCGAGAGGGUCCCCAAUGAGUGGUUUGAUAUCCCGGAGCAGCAGAUUGUUGUUGGUUUGGAUGACCCCGAGGAUGGGACUGAUGCUGAUGUGACCUAUGGCUGGGACAAUGAGAAGCCUGUGAGACGCGCGAAGGUCAAUGCCAUCCAGGCGCAGGGCAGACCCAUCAGCAACGAAGAGUAUGCGCAAUACAUGUAUAACUCUCACAUUGCCAAUGUCCCGGCCUCGUGGGCGCAGGACCCCACCGCGUUGGUGGACGUGGUCGAUGGCACUGAGAAAGCAGCAAACGGCACCAAGGCCGCCGAGACUAACGGCCACACCAACGGCGCCACUAACGGCGCAGGUGGUGAUGGCGCUGUCCUCCCCGAGUCCUUCCUCAACGGCAAGUCAGUCCGCACGGUGUACGGGCUGGUGCCCCUGAAGCAGGCGCUCGACUGGCCCGUGUUUGCGUCCUACGACGAGCUGGCCGGCUGCGCCGCGUGGAUGGGCGGGCGCAUCCCCACCUUCGAGGAAGCCCGCAGCGUCUACACCUACGCCGAGGCCCUCCGUAAGAAGCAGGUCGAGAACCAGCUCAGCAAGACCGUCCCGGCUGUGAAUGGGCAUCUCUGCAACAACGGCAUCGAGAUCUCGCCCCCGGCCACCCCGCCCGGCGUCAGCAGCGCCGCCGAGGCCGAGGCCGCCGUCCAGGAACCGCCCUUUGUCGACUUGGAUGGCACCAACAUCGGCUUCCGCCACUGGCACCCCACCCCCGUCACCUCCCGCGGCAACGAGCUAGCCGGCCAGGCCGGAAUGGGCGGCGUGUGGGAGUGGACCAGCAGCGUGCUGCGGCCGUGGGACGGCUUCCAGCCCAUGCCGCUGUACCCCGGGUACACGGCCGACUUUUUCGACGAGAAGCACAAUGUCGUGCUGGGCGGGUCGUGGGCGACGCACCCGAGGGUGGCGGGAAGAAGGAGUUUCGUCAACUGGUACCAGCGCAACUACCCCUACGCUUGGAUCGGUGCCAGGCUUGUGCGGGAUGUUGAGUGA